AGCUUCAUUAUCCAUCGUAAUCCGACAGUAGACAGAUCGCCAUGAGCGCCAAGAGCCCCGAGGUGGUGGACGGCAUGAUCGACGACAGCUUGCUGGGUAUCCUCAUCAUCCUGCUGGUAGUCAUGCUGAGCACUGGCUACGUGUAUGUACAGCAACUGCGCCAGGGGGACGCGCCUCAGCGUGGAAACGCCGCCGCCAACUUGGCUCGAAUGGCUCCGUCCACCGGCGCGGCGCUGGCUUCAGCGCCCGAGCGCGCCGCCAUAUCCACUGCUGGUCUUACUGAUCGUCAGCUCCGUCUGCAUUUCACAUUACCUAUGCACAACGGUGCGCGUACCGUCACCAUUAGCGGCGACGCGCUGCUUAAAACCGAGAACCCGGAGGCGCUGGCUUGGACGAACGACGAGGUGCCGGCGCUGCUAGCAGAUCUGUCUCAUGUGUGUGACGUGCAUCUGCUGUUUAUGGUAAAGGACGCCAAAGACGCUCAGAGCAUGCAGCGUAUUCGUGAGUUCGUAGCGACCCACCCUGAUCUUAAGAGCAAUGACUCCACGACUGGCGGCAUCAAGGCGCACAAGAUCCUCUUCUGCACGACGUCUAUUGGCAAAAUUGCGUUCGUGCGACAGAUUGAACCUCACGUUCAUGUGGAAGUUGACGCUGGAGUCGUUCGUGACCUGGAGAGGCACGUGCCGCGCAUUGUGCACAUCCCGACGUCGCCUGAACAAGCAAUGACACCUACGGUUCCUAACGUGAUCCACGUGGGCGACAGCUUUGCUGGAUAUUUCUCUCUGAUCAGUUCAAAAGAACGACUGUAACCUGUGCCCUGCUAAUAUUGCUGGUCUUUAUCAAGUUUUUUUCUGUAGAAAUGAUGGUCUAUUUCGUUUUAUCUGCAGGUGUCUUCGGAAAGACUUUGUCGAUCCGAAGGAGUUGCUCUAGCGUUUGUAGAACGAGAAACAACAGCGUGUCGAUACGUCUCCACGGAUGAACAAGUCCAAAUGCUGUAGGAUCAUCGAAUACGAGCUCGGGGAUCUGGAUUGGCCCUGCGGGGGUCUCGAUAACCUGAGAGUAGUCGAGUAUAUAUCCGGUAUACUCUUUGGCGUGCUUCUGUUGAUCCGUGAGUUUCAUAUUACUCAACGCGUCGAGAAGAACCUGUCGCUGGUUACCAACUGAUCGUUCAUCAUUGCCGCUUGAGCUAGUCUCAGUCAAGUUGUUUCGCAGAACGCUAACAAUUUCAACGAGAGCGUGGGCGAAAAUCUCUCUCGCCAAAGAGAACAUAACUGGAUCACUCGAAAUUGUCUCGCUUUCUUCUCGUAGCCACUGUGCAAUGGCUAGCUCUGUCGCUCCCCCGCCUCUGCAACUAUAAAGUACUGAGACAGAGUUAUCAACUGGUUCCCACCAGCUUCUGAGUACUCGUAGACUUUUGACGAUUGCCGAGUAGUAUUGCUUGUGGACUCCUUUCGUCGGCGCGUGGAUCAAAAGCUGAGGGGUUACAAUUUCCUCCAAACGAUGUUCGCUGUUUAGCUUUCCCUUGAGUUGGUUACUUG